AUACAAUAAGCAUAUAAAAUGUUGCUUAAUGCUGCCAUUUUGGGAGUUUUACUGGUUUUUGUUGAAGCGCAGUCCUCGUGUCCAGAAGGCUGGGUAAGUAAUAUAGAGGCAUGCUACCACAUCAGUAGGGACACAGAGGAAUGGGUGACCGCCGAGGAAAUGUGUAAACUAUAUGGUGCAACUUUGGUGCAAAUUGAGACCCUCGAAGAAGACAAAUUCCUCUCAGAGCAUCUAAGAAAUUACAGUCAAGUGUACAACGACCACGAGUUCUGGAUAGGGCUGUCUGACUGGGCGUUGGAGGGUAAUUUUAUCUGGGUCCCCGAGGGUUUAACACCUUUGUACACAAACUGGGGUCCUGGGGAACCUGACAAUGACCACAAAGACCAACACUGUACCAUCAUCUACACCCAGGAGCACUACCAGUGGUACGACAGGACGUGUAACCAACAGUACAGCUACAUCUGUGAGAAGACUACCAGCGCUAACCCUGGUAUUAUCAUCGGAUAAUCAAGUUAUCACAGAGGAGGACCACUCAAUUUCACUGAGCGACCCAAUAAAUACUA